GGCUGGAGUUCCCGCGAGUUCCACCCUCCCGGCCUGUAACCCGAAACCCCGGGGCCGGCGGCCAGAGGAGGAGCGGCGGCUGAGGGAGCAGGAGCAGGAGGAGGAGCAGCUGGCUGUCAGCGGCAGCCCGGGGGACCGAAGCAGGAGCCGGCGGAGACAGUGGAGGGCACCUCGGGGCCCGGGGACCUCGGGGCUCAGCAUGGCAGCCCAGGGCUUCCCGCAGGAGAUGCAGUCCCUGGGCCAGAAGCUCUUGCUGAGGCUCAAGCAGCUGCCCCAGGCGGAGCCGGUGGAGAUCGCCGCCUUCUCCGUCAUCCUCCUCUUUGUCGCCACCUUGCUGCUGCUGCUAGGGAUGGCGUGCUGCUGCUGCUGCUGCAGCUUCUCACCCAGCUUCCGGACUGAGCGGCGGGCCAGGAAGCCCUAGGCCAGGCCAGUCGGGCCACUGCGACCGGAGAGGAUGCCACCCCUCCGCCAUCCCGGCUGCCCAAGUUCCCGGAGACAGACGCCCAGGGAUGGUUUGCCUUUUCGGCCAGAAACGCCUGGGUCCGGAGUGGCACUGUGGCUGCCCUAUGGGGACAUGACCCCAGGACGCUGACCGUGCCCAAGGCAGAAGGGUGAUGCCUGGGGGAUAAGAGGGUCCCUUUGCCUGCAGGCCAGGGCACAGGGAUGCUCAGGUUCCCUCAGGGAAGGGCAGCAGCGAGAUGUCACCGCCCAUCCCCCGUCCCCGUAAGAGAAGAACCAGUGCCCAUUUGGCUCCUGGAGGAGAGAAGUGCCAACAGGUGUAUAGUGCCACAGCUGCCCAGGCUGGCUUCCUGGCGAAGCUGCCCUCCGGCCCUACAGGCCAAUAGGCCACUUCUGGGACUCUGCUUCUUUCUUUAGCAAUAAAUGUGUUUUGGUUACGGA